CCAAUCAGGACCUGGGGUGUUUUGUGUCCGGUGCAAGGGGUCGCAACGUCUGCCGGCUUUCCUUUCCGCGGUCUCUCUUGGCUGAGCGUUUUCUGGAUCUCACUGCAAUGGCGGAGCAGCAGCAGUUCUACAUCUUGCUGGGCAACCUGAUGAGCCCUGACAACGACAUCAGGAAACAGUCCGAGGAAGCGUACGACACCAUCCCCGGUCAGACAAAGAUCACAUUUUUGCUGCAGGCCAUCCGAGAUGCAGCCUGCGCAGAAGAGGUCAAGACUAUGGCGGCGGUGCUGCUGCGUCGGCUGCUGUCGUCCUCCUUCGAGGAGAUCUACCCCGGCCUGACGGUGGACAUGCAGACGGCCAUCAAGACAGAGCUGGUCACCAGCAUCCAGACAGAGGCCUCGCCCAACAUUCGCAAGAAGGUCGCCGACAUCGCUGCAGAGCUCUGCCGCAACCUCCUAGAUGAUGAUGGAAACAACCAGUGGCCAGAGCUGCUCAAGUUCCUGUUUGACUCGGUCAACUCUGACAACGUUGGCCUGAGAGAGGCCGCCCUGCAUAUAUUCUGGAACUUCCCAGGUAUCUUUGGCAACCAGCAGCAGCACUACAUGGAGGUGAUCAAGAGGAUGCUGGUCCAGUGUAUGCAGGACCAGGAGAACCCGCAGAUCCGUACCCUAGCUGCCCGCGCUGCAGCCUCCUUCGUCUUGUCCAACGAGGGCAACACUGCCCUGCUGAAGCACUUCUCUGACCUGCUGCCAGGCAUCUUGCAGGCGGUGAAUGAGUCGUGUUACCAGGGAGAUGACUCUGUGCUGAAGUCUCUGGUUGAGAUCGCUGACACGGCCCCCAAGUACCUGCGCCCCAACCUGGAGGCCACCCUGCAGCUCAGCCUGAAGCUGUGUGCUGACACCACCCUGACCAACAUGCAGAGGCAGCUGGCCCUGGAGGUUAUCGUCACGCUGUCCGAGACUGCCGCCGCUAUGCUGAGGAAACACACCGCCAUCGUGGCAUCCAGCGUUCCCCAGAUGCUGGCUAUGAUGGUGGAUCUGGAGGAGGACGAGGAGUGGUCUAUGGCUGAUGAGCUGGAGGACGAUGACUUUGACAGCAAUGCAGUUGCAGGAGAGAGCGCUCUGGACAGAAUGGCCUGUGGGCUGGGAGGGAAGAUGGUGCUGCCCAUGAUCAAACAGCACAUCAUGACUAUGUUGCAGAACCCUGACUGGAAGUACCGCCACGCCGGCCUCAUGGCGCUGUCGGCCAUCGGGGAGGGCUGCCACCAACAGAUGGAGGCCAUCCUCAACGAGAUCGUCAGCUUCCUGCUACUGUUCUGUCAGGACCCUCACCCCAGAGUCCGUUAUGCUGCAUGCAACGCCAUCGGACAGAUGGCCACCGAUUUCGCCCCCACCUUCCAAAAGAAAUUCCACGAUAAGGUGAUCUCUGCCCUACUGCAGACCAUGGAGGACCAGACCAACCCCCGUGUCCAGGCCCACGCUGCCGCGGCCCUCAUCAACUUCACUGAGGACUGUCCCAAGUCCCUCCUGAUCCCCUAUCUGGACAGCUUGGUCCAGCACCUACAUGUCAUCAUGGUGGCCAAACUACAGGAGCUGAUCCAGAAGGGUACCAAGCUGGUUCUGGAGCAGGUGGUGACGUCCAUAGCGUCUGUGGCGGACACGGCCGAGGAGAAGUUUGUUCCCUACUACGACCUGUUCAUGCCCUCCCUCAAACAUAUCGUGGAGAACGCUGUGCAGAAGGAGCUGCGGCUGCUCCGAGGGAAGACCAUUGAGUGCAUCAGCCUCAUCGGCCUGGCUGUCGGCAAGGACAAGUUCAUGCCUGACGCGUCAGCUGUGAUGCAGCUGCUGCUGAAGACCCAGACUGACUUCAAUGACCUGGAGGAUGACGACCCACAGAUCUCCUACAUGAUCUCAGCCUGGGCCAGAUGUAAGAUCCUGGGGAAAGAGUUCCAGCAGUACCUACCUGUGGUCAUGGGGCCCCUAAUGAAGACUGCCUCUAUCAAGCCAGAGGUGGCCCUCCUGGACACCCAGGACAUGGAGAACAUGUCUGAGGAUGAUGGAUGGGAGUUUGUGAACCUGGGAGACCAGCAGAGCUUCGGCAUCAAGACAGCCGGGCUGGAAGAGAAGGCCACUGCCUGCCAGAUGCUGGUGUGCUAUGCUAAAGAGUUGAAGGAAGGGUUUGUAGAGUACACAGAACAGGUGGUCAAGCUGAUGGUUCCUCUGCUCAAGUUCUACUUCCACGAUGGUGUGCGGGUGGCAGCAGCGGAGUCCAUGCCCCUGCUGCUGGAGUGUGCGCGGGUACGAGGCCCAGACUACCUCACACAGAUGUGGCACUUCAUGUGCGACGCCCUCAUCAAGGCCAUUGGCACAGAGCCAGACUCUGAUGUCCUAUCAGAAAUCAUGCAUUCGUUUGCCAAGUGUAUUGAGUUAAUGGGAGAGGGCUGCCUGAACAACGAGCACUUUGAAGAGCUGGGAGGGAUUCUGAAGGGGAAGCUGGAGGAACACUUUAAGAACCAGGAGUUGAGACAGGCCAAACGACAGGAUGAGGACUACGACGAGGGCAUGGAGGAAACUUUACAAGACGAGGAUGAAAACGAUGUGUACAUACUGACCAAGGUGUCAGACAUUUUGCACUCUGUGUUCAGCAGCUACAAGGAACAAGUGCUGCCGUGGUUUGAGCAGCUUCUACAGCUCAUCGUACAGCUCGUGUGUCCUAGCAGGCCGUGGGCAGACAGGCAGUGGGGUCUGUGCAUCUUUGACGACGUGGUUGAGCACUGCAGCCCCUCUUCCUUUAAAUACGCGGAACUCUUCCUGCGGGCCAUGGCCCUGUCGCUGUGUGACACCAGCCCCGAAGUGAGACAAGCUGCAGCCUACGGCGUAGGAGUCAUGGCUCAGUACGGAGGAGAGAACUACCGACCCUUCUGCACCGAGGCACUGCCCACGCUGUUGGGUGUGAUCCAGUCUCCAGACUCCAAGGUCAAGGAGAAUGUCAACGCCACAGAGAACUGCAUCUCAGCCGUGGGCAAGGUCAUGAGAUUCAGGCCUGAGUGUGCCAAUGUCAACGAGAUCCUUCCCCAUUGGCUCUCCUGGCUGCCACUCAACGAAGACAAGGAGGAAGCUGUGCACACCUUUGACUUCCUUUGUGACCUUAUUGAAAGCAACAAUCCUAUUGUCCUCGGACCAGACAAUGCAAAUCUUCCCAAGAUAUUCCAGAUCAUCGCUGAAGGGGUCGCCAACGAGUCGGUCAAGAGUGAGGAUGCAUGCAGCAAGAGAUUGGCAAAUGUCAUCCGCCAAGUACAGGGUUCUGGAGGACUGUGGACCCAGUGUGUUACGAUGCUGAAUGAAACUCAACAGAAGGCCAUCCAAGACCUCCUCAACACUGCUUGAGAAGCCUUAUCCCCUUCCUUUGUUGGAAAACAACAAGACCAUGUUUAAACAUCUAGCUCCUGGAUCUCCUCCUUCCUAGAUCACCAUCUCCCUCCCAUCUCCUUUUCCAUCUCUGAUCUGUAGCGUGUGUGGAC